CAUGUCAUGAUUAUCUUUGUCUUCUCCACAGUUCUGAGACCCAUAAACAGGUCAAGAAUAACCACUGUGACUGAGUUUGUCCUCCUAGGCUUCCCUGGGUCCUGGGAGAUACAGCUUGUACUCUUCUCACUACUUUUGAUCAUCUACAUCCUGACUCUUCUUGGUAAUGGAGCCAUCAUCUCUGCAGUAAUAUGGGACCAGCGGAUCCAUACUCCCAUGUACAUUCUCCUCGGCAAUUUUUCCUUUCUUGAGAUUUGGUAUGUUUCUUCCACUGUUCCCAAUAUGUUGGCCAACUUUCUCUCCAAGACCAAAGCAAUCUCCUUCUCUGGAUGUUUUCUACAGUUUUAUUUCUUCUUUUCCCUUGGUACAACUGAAUGUCUUUUCCUAGCAGUGAUGGCUUAUGAUAGGUAUCUGGCUAUCUGCUGCCCACUGCACUACCCAAUGAUCAUGACUGGGAGGCAUUGUGCCACCCUAGUGUCUCUCUGUUGGUUGGCUGGCUUCCUUGGCUACCCAGUUCUCAUUUUCUUAAUCUCCCAACUACCCUACUGUGGUUCCAACAUCAUAGAUCACUUUCUGUGUGACAUAGAUCCACUGAUGGCCCUCUCCUGUGUCCCAGCCCCUAUUGCUGAGUUGAUCUUCUAUACCCAGAGCUCCCUUGUCCUCUUUCUCUCCAUUAUGUACAUUUUCACAUCUUAUAUCUUGGUGCUUAGAGCUGUGUUUCAGGUACCUUCAGCAGCUGGCCGGAGUAAGGCCUUUUCUACAUGUGGAUCUCAUCUGAUGGUAGUGUCUCUGUUCUAUGGGACAGUCAUGGUGAUGUAUGUGAGCCCAACAUUUGGCAUCCCAACUUCAAUGCAAAAAAUUGUAACUUUGGUGUACUCAGUAAUGACUCCAUUCUUAAACCCCCUAAUCUAUAGUCUGCGCAACAAGGAUAUGAAAUGUGCCCUAAAAACAGUCUUGUGUAGCAUGAGAAGGAGCCAAAGUUCAUGA